CAGAGCCAACAUGAUGAAUUGGAGGCUAAGUUUUUCGAGGAAAGGGCAGUUCUUGAAGCUAAAUAUCAGAAACUAUAUCAACCCUUAUAUGUCAAGCGAUAGACAUUGUCAAUGGUGUUGUCGAAGUUGAAGGAACAAAAACUGAAGCGGCCUCGGAGGACCAAGGAAAGGAUAAAGAUGCUGAAGAGAAAGGGGUGCCUGACUUUUGGCUUAUUGCGAUGAAAAACAAUGAAGCUGUUGCUGAUGAGAUCAUCGAGCGUGAUGAGGAACCUCUCAAAUAUCUCAAGGAUAUCAAGUGGUCUAGGGUUGAGGAACCCAAAGGAUUCAAGCUCGAUUUCUAUUUUGACACCAAUCCUUAUUUCAAGAACACUGUGUUGACAAAAACAUAUCACAUGGUUGAUGAGUAUGAACCCAUUCUUGAGAAAGCCACAGGGACGGAAAUUGAAUGGUAUCCUGGAAAAUGCUUAACGCAAAAGCUUCUUAAAAAGAGGCCUAAGAAUGGAUCAAAGAAUUCCAAGCCAAUGACCAAAACUGAAGAAUGUGAGAGUUUCUUCAACUUCUUUGAUCCUCCAGAAGUUCCCGGGGAUAAUGAAAUCCUUGACAAAGAUACUGCUAAGGAGCUACAAAAUCAAAUGGAACAAGAUUAUGACGUCGGGUGUGUUCCACCAUUCGAGACAAGAUUAUUCCUCAUGCUGUGUCAUGGUUUACAGGGGAAGCUAUUCUGGCUGAUGAUUUUGAUUUAGAUGAUGAUGACACCGAUGAAGAUGAUGGGCUUUAUGAUGAUGAUGAUGAGGACGAAGAUGAUGAUGAAGGCGACGACGG